AUGUCUGGAGGAUAUCCUACCCAGGGCUACGCUCCCUAUGGCGGCGCUCCUCCGCCGGGUGCCUUUGCUGGUCCAGCCUACGGUUUCCCUCAACAGUAUGGUUACAUGCCCCCGAACCAGAUGUAUUUCCAGCAACAGCCGCAGCCGAUGCAAUCGUACGGUUACAGUCAGUAUACAACCAGGCCAGGGCCGGUGCACGGGACGGAGGAAGGAACGCUUCUGAUUGGUAUCAACUACUUUGGACAGCGCGGCCAGCUGCGCGGCUGCAUCAACGACGUGCGAAAUAUGUCAUCGUACCUGGUGGAGCAUUUCGGCUACCGGCGCGAGGAUAUGGUGAUCCUCACAGACGACCAGCAGAACCCAAUGAGCCAGCCGACCAAGGAGAACAUCCUGCGGGCAAUGCACUGGCUCGUGAAGGAUGCACGGCCGAACGACUCUCUUUUCUUCCACUACUCUGGUCACGGUGGGCAGACGCGCGACUUGGACGGCGACGAGGACGACGGCUACGACGAGGUGAUCUACCCGGUGGACUUCCGGACGCGCAGCCACAUCACGGAUGACGAGAUGCAUCGCAUCAUGGUACGACCAUUGCAGGCCGGUGUUCGGCUGACGGCCAUCUUCGACUCGUGCCACUCAGGCACAGCGCUGGACCUGCCGUACAUCUACUCGACGCAGGGCAUUCUCAAGCAGCCCAACCUGGCGAAGGAGGCAGGCCAGGGCCUGCUGAAUGUGAUAUCAUCGUACAGCCAGGGCGACAUGCACGGGGUUACGAACAACAUCCUGGGCUUCUUCAAGAAGGCCACCGGUGGCGACGAGGCCCAGGCGCGUUCUCUGGCUACCAAGACGUCGCCGGCUGAUGUCAUUAUGCUCUCGGGCAGCAAGGAUGACCAGACUUCGGCGGAUGCGACGAUUGCAUCACAGGCUACGGGCGCCAUGUCGUGGGCGUUCAUCUCGUCGCUGAAGAAGAAUCCGCAGCAGAGCUAUGUGCAGCUAUUGAACAGCAUCCGUGACCAGCUCGAAAGUCGGUACACGCAGAGGCCGCAGCUGUCAAGCUCGCACCCUCUUGAUACGAAUCUCCUAUUUGUAAUGUAA